AUGGCGCCUCUUACUCUACGACCUGCGAAUGCGCCCGAAGCUGCGAAGCACCCCGCAGACUCGCACAACAAUCCCCACGCCGACGACAUCACACCCACCAACCCGAAUGAAGAUGUCGCCAUGGAGGAUACCAUAGACUACUCUCUUCUCCGCGACCAGAUGCGACAGCAACAGGACGAGCGGGCGCAGCGACUCCAGGCCAAGAACAGGCGCAAACGCUAUCUCGAAGUACAUCCUGAGUACUUUACCGACUCUUCUCUCGAGCUCGCCGACCCUCUACUCUACGAUCGCCUGAUCCGUCGCUUCCAAACCGCAUCUGAACGCGAAGCCGAAGGCCGGAAGAAGGGUUUCUCUGGUCAGAUGGCGACAGACCUGUGGCGUGCCGAGGCGAAGAAGGAUGCGCUGUCGCAACCAGACCCCAAUUCGCUUUUUACAUAUACUCGGGGGCCACAGGGCGAGAUAAUAGAAGAGGACAAGGACGAUAUACCGAUGAGCAAGGAGGAGGGCAAGGCGUGGUGGAUAGACGAGAUGACACAGCGCUUCCUAAGAGGCGGGGACGACGACUUUGACUAUGCAAAACUCGUGGAUGGCAAUCCCAAAUACGAUGACCCCGAGCAGGAAAGAGACUUACAGGACGCAUAUUUUGAGAGUAUGGAAAGUGAUUUUGACUCUGACGGAGAAGGGAAGGAGAAAGUCUUGACUGGCGAAACGGGCAUACAGGACUAUUGA